AUGAGUGGUGCUCGGAAGAAACCAUUUAGUUCGAAGAAGAAAAAGGAACAAUUGAAAUUAAAAAGAGAAAAGAUUCGAGCGCAAGGCGAUAAAUGGGCGGAUUCGGAUGAAGACUCAGGAACUAUCGAUAUCAAUACAACACAAGGUUCCCGUCGGCGAAUAAAUGAACAACCUGUUCGAGACACGGCGACACACAAUCCAAAUCGAUACCGACUUCAUUUCCAACGUGAAUCACGUGAUGAAAUCGAACGACGGAAAAAAGUUGCACAAUUACCGAUUAAGAAACUUUCCGAAGAGUCGCUAGAAAUUCCUAUCGAACAAAUCUAUCGACCUGGCAGUGCGCUCGAUAUGCCUGUGCGACCACCAUGGACAUACGAAAUGACCAAGGAACAGUUAGAACAACAAGAACAGACUUAUUUCAAUGGCUAUCUGGAAAAGAUCUUUGCAAGUUUUGAGCCAGGCGAUCUGAGUUACUUUGAAAUGAAUUUAGAAACAUGGCGACAAUUAUGGCGAACAGUGGAGAUUUGUGAUAUUAUCCUAAUGAUUGUUGAUAUUCGUUUUGCUGUUCUUCAUUUUUCCCCAGCACUCUACGAUUAUGUCACACGUAUUCAUAACAAACAGCUGAUUGUCAUUCUGAAUAAAAUCGAUCUCGCACCACCAUCUGUUGUCGUUGCUGUAAAAGACUAUUUCUCAAAGAAGUUUCCCCAGUUACACAUUCUUACAUAUACAUCUUAUCCAAAAGAUCUAGCAACAACACGUGAAGAUUUUGAUAAUUAUCAAGUUAUGGCACGAAUCGUUCGUCGAAAAAAUUACUAUGCUAUUGGACCAUUAUCACUGUAUGAAUGUAUUUCAUCGAUAGCUGGCUCACGAAUCGAUCUGUCGUCAUGGAAAAAACAUAUUCAAGAAUGUAUGGAAGAUGAAACAAUCACUACUGAUCUUAAACAGGAACAAAUCGUCGAUGUUUCACCACUAACACAGACAAAGAAAACGAAUAGUUAUAUCACAUUAGGUUUCACAGGGUAUCCGAAUGUCGGUAAAUCUUCAAUUUUGAAUAGUAUUGUUGGUCAUAAAGUAGUCAGCGUAUCACGUACUCCGGGACAUACAAAACAUUUUCAAACGAUACAUUUAACACCUACUGUUCAUCUAUGCGAUUGUCCAGGUUUAGUUUUCCCUUCGUAUGUCGAACGGCCGUUACAAAUUUUAGCUGGAAUUUAUCCAAUAGCGCAAGUGCAAGAGCCAUAUACAGCUGUCGGAUAUCUUGCUCAAUGGUUACCACUGACGAAAAUUUUGAAACUAGAAAGAUUAGAACAGGAUACACCAAAUUACAGUGCAUUCGAUAUUUGUGAGGCAUGGGCUUUAAAACGUGGAUUUCUUACAGCCAAAGCAUCACGUCCUGAUGUCUACCGAGCUGCUAAUCAUAUUCUUCGGUUAGCACUCGACGGACGAAUCAAUUUAUGUCUUCGUCCGCCUGGUUUUACUGCUGAGAAAGAUCGAUAUAUAUCGGAUCCUCGAGCACUUGAACUUGAACAGCAGAUACAGUCGGCUGUUGAUAAACAAAAACGUCCUGAAAGUGAUAUAUCAGCUGGUGAUGAUAGUGAAGCAUUUCCCGCGAGUGAUGAUCAUCAGUUAGCAUCGUGUAGUGCGUCUACAAGCGACCAAGGACCUGAUAGAGUUGAAGAAUUCAACAGAUUCGAUGUUUUCAAUCGUGAUAACGAAGAUAGAGACACCAUAAAGUCAAUGAAGCAUGUUCGCCGACGAACACGACGAAAAUCGAGUAACAGCAAUCAACAUGAAAACGAUGAUAACGAAGAAGGAGAAGUGGAUUAG